AUGAGCCUCGAAAUAAUUAAUACUGUGGACAAACUGACACUUUCAGAUCAAAUAGAACAAGAGAAAAUAAGCUUAAAUCUUCUCAGACAGACAAACUGCAAAUUAGAAGAAUCCAUCGACAUUUUAGAGGAUCAGCUGGCUUCAAUUGAAGAUGAAGAUAAUGAAUGGAAGACGAGAUAUUUAAUUCAGAAAGAAAUGAACGACUACUACAAAAAAGCAUUCUUCUUCUGCGAUCAGCAAAUACCGAAGGCAAAAGCACUUCAACGGACAAUAAACCGUGCUGUUAGAAGGGGCUCAAAAUUAUCUAGCUACAUGGACCUUGACGAAGAUUCGGUUCAAGAACUUGAGGAUUAUCGUACAUAUAUAAUUAAAUUAUGUCGCGAGCUAGAAUCGAGGAUCGAUCAAGAAGGAAAGGCUUAUUACUGGGCUACAGAAAUUCGAAAACGCGCACUCAUUGAAUUAAACUAUACAUAUAUACCAGCACCAGUUAGUAAGCAUCCUGUGGAGAAGAAAGAAGAUGAAAGUGAUAAACUAGUGAGGAAGACACAGUAG